CCGGCCUCGACUGAAACUGUAAUCUUCCUUUGGCUACGUAAACAAUUUCGCUUUUACGAACCAAUCGCGAUAGCCCAAUGUUUGCGAAUUUAAAACUAAAAUAAACAAACUGACUUGACAAUAAUUGUCCUGUAAGUAUUUAUACUGCUUCUUAACGACACCUGCGUUUAAUUUCCGUAUCUUUCGAAGGUCAAAGGAAUACUCCACAAGCCGAAAUUAUGGUCUUUGGUUUUGCUCUGUGGUUCGGCGUUGUUUACCUCGUCUGUACUGUAUCGUCUGCUAAGGCAAAGCAGUGCAAAGGCACGGCAAAAUAUACGUUGACAUUUCAAGGUGAAUGGAACAGCACGUCACAUCCACAAGACUUUCCUCCGAAUCCACAUUUCUCAUCUCCUGUUGGCUGUAGUCACAAUGCUUCUUAUGUUAUGUGGAUACCCGGGGAAAACGCGAGCAAAGGAGUAAAAGAUGUGGCGGAAGCAGGUAGUAUCACUGCAAUAAACAAAGAAAUGGACGCCCAGAUUACAUUAAAAAGAGCCCACAAGAGGUACAGUGGUAGUUCCAUCUAUCCUGGCACUGGAAAGCGAGUCAUCACUAACAUCGAAGUCACCUCAGAUUAUCCUCUUGUGUCCUUCAUUACCAUGAUAGCCCCCUCACCUGAUUGGUUCGUUGGUGUUCACGACUUUGACCUAUGCAACACAACAUCCGGGGAAUGGCGGGACUCGAGGGAACGUUAUCUCCCGCUGUACGAUGCGGGAACUGACAGUGGGCCCAGGUUUACAAGUCCCAAUAACGAAACCAGACCUCCAGAAAGGAUUUUCAUUAUCACAAACAACACAGAAGGUUCCUUGAAAGGCGAUAAACCUCUAAAACGUUUCGGAACGUUUACCUUUGGAAAGACUUUUGAUUCCAACGAAGUGAAGCCCUCUCCGUCCAAAACCAUGCAAGCAAUUACCUCAACAAAGAGUCACCCCACAAGUAUGGGAUCUAAACAGUUCGGUUUUACCCAUGCCGUUUUUACCCUGAUACUUAUAAACUUGUUAUUGUAACUUUCUUAGACAAAUGCAUGCAUGAAGGUAUAUUUAGCAAUAUUUAGCUAGAUUUUAGACCAGAUUUUAGACCCUGAAUCCCCUGAUACAUGUUCACGUGUUAUUUUAACUUUUAUUAGACAAAUGCAUGCAUAACUAGCAUAAGGUAUAUUUAGCUAGACUUUAGACCAGAUUUUAGACGCUGAUACUUGUUAACUUGUUAUUGUAACUUUCAUAGACAAAUGCAUGCAUAUACAUCAACGUAUAAUUAGCUAGAUUUUAAACCAGAUUUGGUUUCGAAACCAAGUGUGUUUGGAAUAGUUAAGCUCAUUUAAUUUGAUUGAACGAUACGCCAUGUUGAUUGAGACUUUUAAUAUCCAACUGAUAACGACUAGGGACAGUCGAAAAGCGUUUUGAAAGUUUGACUAGCGACGAUUAUUUGGAAUAUUAUAGUCUCAUGCCAACUUACUAUCAAUA